AGCUUACAGUGAACGGUUCACUCACGUCCUCCUCCUCCUCACCGCACACUCGUCCACUCUCACUGACGCGUGAAGGUUCGACUGCUGACUGGACACGUUAACAGGACGCAGACAUGGGACAAGAUGCGAGACCCAACUGGGACAGCCCCAUGCAGUUUGUGCUGGCAUGUGUAUCAUAUGCAGUUGGACUGGGAAACGUGUGGCGGUUUCCAUAUCUCUGUCAAAUGCACGGUGGAGGGGGCUUCUUGAUUCCAUACCUCAUCAUGCUAUUCCUGGAGGGUGUUCCCUUAUUCUACUUAGAGCUUGCCAUCGGUCAGAAGAUGAGUCUAGGCAGUAUUGGGGCAUGGACUGCCAUCAGCCCUUAUUUGGGAGGAGUGGGUCUUGCUAGUGUUGUGACAUCCCUGUAUCUGUGUCUGUAUUACAACAUCAUCAAUGCAUGGAGUUUCUGGUACCUCUUUCAUUCAUUUCAAUCAGUCUUGCCCUGGGCAGAAUGCCCUAUCAAUUCCAACCGCACAGGACCGACAGAGGAGUGUGAAAAGGCUACACCCACCCAGUACUUCUUCUACAGGGAAACAUUGAACAUCGCUCCCUCUAUUGAAGAGAAUGGAGGCAUUCAUGGUGGCCAGGCACUGUGCCUCCUGCUUGCCUGGGUGAUUACCUACCUGUUUAUUGUCCGAGGAGUAAAGUCAACUGGAAAGGUGGUAUACUUCACAGCCACUUUUCCAUACGCGGUCCUCUUGAUCUACCUGGUCCGGGGCAUCACUCUUCAUGGUGCCAUCAAUGGUGUCAAAUUCAUGUUCACUCCCAAUAUGGAACACCUUGCCGACCCUAAUACAUGGAUCAAUGCGGCCACUCAGAUCUUUUUCUCUCUGGGUUUGGGUUUUGGGUCACUCAUAGCUUUUGCCAGCUACAACCACUAUAACAACAACUUCGAGCGCCAGGCCAUUGUUGUUUCCCUGAUCAACAGUGGAACCUCCAUCUUUGCCAGCAUUGUCACCUUUUCCAUUUAUGGGUUCAAGGCCACUGUCAACUACGAGAGCUGUCUGGAAAGGACACGUGUACUGCUGCUGAAUACUUUUAAUAUUGCAGAGGACAAUAUCAACAUUGACAAUGUCUUUGAGUGGAUUGAAAAGUUGAACACAACCUACCCAGAACAGUUUGCCAAACUCAAUAACAAACUGGAAGAAUGUGAUCUGGAGACGGAACUAAGCAGUGCAGUAGAGGGGGCAGGUCUGGCCUUCAUAGUGUACAGUGAAGCCAUUAAAAAUAUGCCAUUGCCUCAGCUGUGGUCAGUGCUGUACUUUCUCAUGCUCUUGAUGUUGGGAAUGGGCAGCAUGCUGGGCAAUGUCACUGCUAUCAUCACUCCACUAAGAGACUUCAAGGUUAUGUCCCACAUGAGCAGCGAGUUGUUUAAUGGUUUAGUGUGUGUGUUCUGUUUGCUGCUUGGCCUGGGCUUCACCACUACAUCUGGAAAUUACUGGUUUACCAUAUUCAACGACUAUGGAGCCACAUUCUCCCUGCUGUUCAUCGUCCUCAUUGAGGUCAUAACUGUCAGUUACAUCUAUGGACUUAAAAGGUUUGAAAAAGACAUUGAAGACAUGCUUGGUCAUCGUCCCAACUGGUACUGGAAGAUCAUGUGGUCAAUAACCAGUCCCCUUCUCCUCAUCUUCCUUUUCAUCAUCUAUAUUGUCAAAUACAUCAACGGAGGGACGCCCACCUACCAAGCAUGGAACAAAGAGCUGGGUACAUCAGUGGUGACAGAAUAUCCUGUCUUUGGCCAACUCUUCAUCGGGCUGCUUUUGGUGUCCUCCAUUAGCUGUGUUCCCCUCACAGCUCUGUAUGUCUUCUGCAAGAAGAGGAAACUUGGAAACCAUGAGAAGAGGGAGCAUACAGUCAGCACAGUAUCUGCUUAGUGACCAGAUGGUGAUAUUAGAGUGACCAUGCUUAUGAUCAGUGGUUACAUUCACCAAAUUUAAUAUUAUUAAAAGCAUUUCAGAGUUUUUCUUCUCACAAGACAACUUCUUCUAUUACGUGAACAAUGCCCUCUUGUGGCAGGAAACAGAAAAAUUGAGGCAUGGGAAC